GCCUCGCGACGUGAGUGCCAAUGAGGACGAGUAAAGAAAGGACUGAGUUUGAUCUGACAAUGUCAGUCUGUGUAUAAGAAGGACGGCUUCGUCGCUUUGCCUCCCGACUAGAUUCCCAGAUCAGAGCUCGCGGGUUCUCGUCAUCCCAGGAUUGUAAUCAGUGCACUUUCCGCGGCUGUAUCCCAAGCACUCCCACAUAGUCAUCCUUUAGCUCAUUCGAUCCUCAAUCACAAUGUCGAGCUCCAUCACCAUCAACGGCAACGUGGUCCAGCUCGCAGACCUGACCCCGUCUGCCGACGCCGCCAACACAAACUACCUCCUCAUCAAGGGCGCGACCGACCUCGGGCAGCAGGAGAAGCGUCAGCUGGCGGAGAAGGGUGUCAAGGUGUACGAGUACCUCGGCGAGAACGUGUACCUGUGCUACUACGAGCCCUCCGAGCUUGAGCCCAUCCAGCAGCUCGACUUUGUCGACGCAGCGGUCGUCUACGCCCGGCGCGUCAAGACCUCUGCCCUGCUCAAGCAGGCGCUCGGUGAUGGUGCGGGCCAGGCGCCGUCUAGCGACGGGGCGAGAGUCGCCGCCACCGCUCCCACGUUUGACAUUGAAGUCGUGCUGCACAAGGGCGAAGGCCAGGUUGACGGAGUCGUCGACCAGAUCGCCCAGACGGCGGGCGUCGACCCCGCGGACGUCUCGGUCGACCACAACAAGCUCCGGCUGACGUGCGAUGCCGACGGUAUCGGCCGAAUUGAGAAGCUCGAUGCGGUCCGGGCCAUCGAGAAGCACGUUCCGAAAAAGCUCUACAACAACCUUGCCCGUGGCGACCUCGAGAUCGACGAGGCAGUGGCGAACGAGCAUGUCCCCAAGUCCCAGUACGAGGGCAACGGCCAGGUCGUCGCCGUGUCCGACACGGGCUUUGACACAGGCUCAAAGACUGAUACACACCCGGCUUUUACCGGCAGGGUUCGCGCCUUGCUACCCGUCGGUCGAAAGAGUACAGGCCAGACCAACGACUUCCAGGGCCACGGCACGCACGUUGCGGGCUCAGUCCUGGGAGACGGGAGCUCGGACACAAUGGGCGGCAAGAUCCGCGGCGCCGCGCCCAAGGCCGAGCUGGUCAUGCAGUCGCUCCUGACGACCUCGGGUGGUCUGCAGGUGCCCCCGAACCUGUGGGACCUCUUCGUCGGCCCGCAUCGCGACAACAAGGCCCGCAUUGCGACUAACUCGUGGGGUCCCGACUGGCAACUUGCUGGGAGCCGUCAGGUCGGAUACGACUCGGAGGCUGACGCCCUGGACAAGUUUGUCUGGCAUAACCAAGACCACGUCAUCCUCUUCGCCGCCGGCAACGACGGAUCUGAACCCUCCGCCACGAACGCCCAGAUCGGCAGCUCUUCCGCAGCCAAAAACUGCAUCGCCGUCGGCGCGACCCAGUCGAGCCGCACGAUCAGCGACGGCCUCAAGUACGAUCCCGCUGGCACCCCGGGGAACCCGAGCGCCGUGGCGUUGUUCAGCUCGCGCGGCCCGACCCUCGAGAAGCGGCAGAAGCCCGACGUCGUGGCCCCGGGAGUCGCAAUCCUCAGCACCGCGUCCCGCGACCCCGCCGCCCGGAAGCAGGCGGCGAGACAGAGCUUUGGGCCGUCCAAGGACGUCGAGUGGAUGUUCGACACGGGAACAAGCAUGGCCACGCCCCUCGCCGCGGGUUGCUGCGCGCUGCUGCGCGAGGCGCUGGAUGUCAAGGCAGGUGUUGCCAAGCCGAGUGCUGCUCUUGUGAAGGCGCUCCUUAUCAACGGUGCUGUUGAUCUGGGCCUGCCGCGGGCCGAGCAGGGGUUCGGGCGGAUUGAUGUUGCCCGGUCUCUGGCCAUUGUGGAGAAGCACGACGCUGCUGCGACUAAUGGCAGUAGCACCAAUGGUGGUCAGACGUGGACGAAAGAGGUGACGAUCCCAAGUGGCGGCACCGCCGGGGAGUUCAAGGUCACGCUGGCGUAUUCAGACCGCGCUGGUGAGGCACUGCAGAACAAGCUGAGCCUGAGUGUGCGCUUCAGCGGGGGCAGUAACGGCGCUGCGGACGUUGAGAAGCUAGGAGCCGAAGGCAACCAGGGUCUGACGGAGAACAAUGUCGAGCAGGUCGUUCUCAAGCAGGGCCAGGGUGGUCGAUACAGCAAGGCCACGAUCACGGUGAAGGCCGACAGGAUCACGCGGCUCGAUGAUGUCCAGGCUUUUGCGGUGGCCUGGGGGAUGUACUGA